GGCGUUGGCGGCGAGGCGGCGAGGCGGCGUCGGCGGACUCCGGGGGCCCGGGUGAGCGAGAGCUGGAGGAUGGCGGAGUCUUCGGACAAGCUCUACCGAGUGGAAUACGCCAAGAGCGGGCGCGCCUCCUGCAAGAAAUGCAGCGAGAGCAUCCCCAAGGACUCGCUCCGGAUGGCCAUCAUGGUGCAGUCGCCCAUGUUCGAUGGGAAAGUCCCACACUGGUACCACUUCUCCUGCUUCUGGAAGGUGGGCCACUCCAUCCGGCAGCCUGACAGCGAAGUGGAUGGCUUCUCUGAUCUGCGGUGGGAUGACCAGCAGAAAGUCAAGAAGACGGCGGAGGCCGGCGGGGUGACUGGCAAAGGCCAGGAUGGAACCGGCAGCAAAACAGAGAAGACGCUGGGUGACUUUGCAGCCGAGUACGCCAAGUCCAACAGAAGCACGUGCAAGGGGUGCAUGGAGAAGAUAGAAAAGGGUCAGGUGCGCCUUUCCAAGAAGAUGCUGGACCCAGAGAAGCCACAGCUGGGCAUGAUCGACCGCUGGUACCACCCGAACUGCUUUGUCAAGAACAGGGAGGAGCUGGGUUUCCGGCCUGAGUACAGUGCAAGUCAGCUCAAGGGCUUCAGCCUUCUCUCUGCAGAGGAUAAAGAGGCCCUGAAGAAGCAGCUCCCGGGGGUCAAGAGUGAAGGAAAAAGGAAAGGAGAUGAGGUGGACGGAAUGGAUGAAGUGGCCAAGAAAAAAUCUAAAAAAGAAAAAGACAAGGAGAGUAAGCUUGAAAAGGCCCUCAAGGCCCAGAACGACCUGAUCUGGAACAUCAAGGAUGAACUAAAGAAAGUGUGUUCGACCAAUGACCUGAAAGAGCUGCUCAUCUUCAACAAGCAGCAAGUGCCUUCCGGGGAGUCGGCGAUCUUGGACCGGGUAGCUGAUGGCAUGGUGUUCGGUGCCCUCCUUCCCUGCGAGGAGUGCUCGGGCCAGCUUGUCUUCAAGAGCGAUGCUUACUACUGCACCGGGGACGUCACUGCCUGGACCAAGUGUAUGGUCAAGACACAGACACCCAACCGGAAGGAAUGGGUGACCCCAAAGGAAUUCCGGGAAAUCUCUUACCUCAAGAAAUUGAAGAUCAAAAAGCAGGACCGCAUAUUCCCCCCAGAGAGCAGCGCCCCGGCAGCAGCGGCACCCCCUCCCUCCACAGCCUCGGCCCCCGCUUCUGUGACUCCCUCCGCUCCAGCAGAUAAGCCACUGUCCAACAUGAAGAUCCUGACCCUUGGGAAACUGUCCCGGAACAAGGACGAAGUGAAGGCCGCCGUCGAGAAACUCGGGGGGAAGGUGACGGGGACAGCCAGCAAGGCCUCGCUGUGCAUCAGCACCCAGAAGGAAGUGGAAAAGAUGAAUAAGAAAAUGGAGGAAGUCAAAGAAGCCAAUGUCCGCGUGGUGGCUGAGGACUUCCUCCAGGAUGUCUCCAGCUCCACCAAGAGCCUGCAGGAGUUGCUCUCAGCGCACAUCUUAUCCCCUUGGGGGGCCGAGGUGAAGGCAGAGCCUGUUGAAGCAGUGGCCCCAAAACCAAAGUCAGGGGCUGCUGUCGCCAAGAAGAGCAAGGGACCAGUCGAGGAAGGUAUCAACAAAUCUGAAAAGAGGAUGAAAUUAACUCUCAAAGGAGGCGCAGCCGUCGAUCCUGAUUCUGGUCUGGAGCACUCGGCACACGUCCUGGAGAAAGGCGGGAAGGUGUUCAGCGCCACCCUUGGCCUGGUGGACAUCGUUAAGGGAACCAACUCCUAUUACAAGCUGCAGCUGCUCGAGGAUGACAAGGAAAGCAGGUACUGGAUAUUCAGGUCGUGGGGUCGCGUGGGCACCGUGAUCGGUAGUAACAAACUGGAGCAGAUGCCAUCCAAGGAGGAUGCCAUUGAGCACUUUAUGAAAUUAUAUGAAGAAAAGACUGGGAACGCCUGGCACUCCAAAAACUUUACAAAGUAUCCCAAAAAGUUCUAUCCUCUGGAAAUUGACUAUGGCCAGGAUGAAGAGGCGGUGAAGAAGCUGACGGUGAGCCCUGGCACCAAGUCGAAGCUCCCCAAGCCCGUUCAGGAACUUAUUAAGAUGAUCUUUGACGUGGAAAGUAUGAAGAAAGCCAUGGUGGAGUAUGAGAUUGACCUUCAGAAGAUGCCUCUGGGGAAGCUGAGCAAAAGGCAGAUCCAGGCCGCGUACUCUAUUCUCAACGAGGUCCAGCAGGCGGUGUCCCAGGGAAGCAGUGACUCUCAGAUCCUGGACCUCUCAAACCGCUUCUACACCCUGAUCCCCCACGACUUCGGGAUGAAGAAGCCCCCGCUCCUGAACAACACAGACAGCGUGCAGGCCAAGGUGGAAAUGCUGGACAACCUCCUGGACAUUGAGGUGGCCUACAGUCUGCUCAGAGGUGGAUCUGAUGAUAGCAGCAAGGACCCCAUCGAUGUCAACUAUGAGAAGCUCAAAACUGACAUUAAGGUGGUUGACAAAGAUUCUGAAGAAGCUGAGGUCAUCAGGAAAUACGUUAAGAACACACAUGCGACCACGCACAAUGCAUAUGACUUGGAAGUUGUCGAUAUCUUUAAGAUAGAGCGUGACGGAGAGAGCCAACGCUAUAAGCCCUUCAAGCAGCUUCAUAACCGACGGUUGCUGUGGCAUGGGUCCAGGACCACCAACUUUGCUGGGAUCCUGUCCCAGGGGCUGCGGAUAGCCCCACCUGAAGCGCCUGUGACGGGCUACAUGUUUGGUAAAGGGAUCUAUUUCGCCGACAUGGUCUCCAAGAGUGCCAACUACUGCCACACGUCUCAGGGAGACCCCAUCGGUUUGAUCCUGCUGGGAGAAGUUGCCCUUGGAAACAUGUAUGAACUGAAGCAAGCUUCGCAUAUCAGCAAGUUACCCAAGGGCAAGCACAGUGUGAAAGGUUUGGGCAAAACCACUCCUGACCCUUCUGCUAGUAUUACUCUGGAUGGUGUGGAGGUUCCUCUGGGGACCGGCAUCUCGUCUGGUGUUAACGACACCUGUCUGCUGUACAACGAGUACAUUGUCUACGAUAUUGCUCAGGUAAAUCUGAAGUAUCUGCUGAAACUGAAGUUUAACUUCAAGACAUCGCUGUGGUGAACGGUGAGAUGGGGCCCGGUCGCCCCCGAGCCUCUGCUGCGGCUCCCUCUGCUGUGCUGGAGCCCCAGCAGGAGUCCCUGCUCACCUGUUUGGAUGAUGGCUGUUUACCUGUGCUAGAUCUCCUUAGAAUGGAUUUUAUGUGAACGUAUUCAGAGGUGGUUCCCAACUUCCGACACCCCUUGUUGUGUGUGAUGUUUGGGAGAGUCCUCCCCACCAGACACAGCCCUGGUAGGUGCAGCUGUGGAUGGAGGGAGAGCCGGGUAGGGGUUCUCUUUGUUCUGUUUGCCUAGACUAGCCCUUUGGAGAGAACCACGCCUCGUUAGAGCAUCCGCCUUACAGGCUUCCCCGGGAAGGGGCGGGAGCGUGCUUCCACUCUUUUUUCUAAGUGUUCGUCUUUAGUUUUGGUUCGGGCAAAAUGUUAAACAUUUAUUUUGAGCUAAAAAUAAAAACUAAUUUCAUACUACUUAGAUUUUCUUUUUUUAUCUUGUACUUACGCUCCCCCUUUUAGUUUUGGGGGAGGUGUUGUUGGUUUGGGUUUGGGCAGUGGGUAUGGGGAGUCCAAAUGGAGGAAUGUUAAGUUUCUUACACUUAGAAACAAGAAGAGCUUUCCUUUUCCAGAAAUGCUUGAACUUGGAAGCUCUCAGAAUAUAUGUAUAGUAAAUUAAAAGUUAGAUUUUAAAUUCUCGAUUUUCCUAUGAGCAAUUUGUCUUCCAAAUUAAAACCAUCUCUGAUGCCACUGUAGCUACCUAAGGGCUAAUAGUCAUUCUCGAUUAAAAU